AAACACAGUUUAAAUUGUUAGUAAUAGAGAAACUAAAGAAAGAGAAAAGGGAACACUAAAAUCGAUAUUCACGUUUCAUUUAUCAUUAUUUUAUAAUUAUAAAACAUAAGUCAAAUUGUAUGUCACUAAAUAAUUGAAAAAUUUGUCUGCUAGGAGAUAAAACUGAUUCAGAAAACAGAGUUGCAAUUCAUCCAUCUAUCUCUCUUUCUCUCUCUUUCUCUUUCUCCUUUCUCUCUUUCUCUGUCUCUUUUCUCGUUUCUUUCUGUACAUCAUCUGGUUGGAGUCGUGUGUGUAUUUGGUCCUAUUGUGGAUUUAUACCAUAAGGCUGCUGUUCCUCUGCUCUACAAUCAAUUUAAUUUCUUGAAGACAACAUUCUAAUCAAGUGUUAAAUAUGUAAUAAUCCAGACUUCUUCUAUUCAUCUUUAUGUGUUGUUGAUUUAAGAGGGAGAAAAGGAUCACAGCUCAAUCAUCUGGUCAUCAUCUUCAUCGUUUUCUGCUUGCUGUGGAAAGAAAAUCUUUUUGUUCUCAUUUUGCCUGUUUUUCUCUUAUUUCUCUCACACACUCUUCUUCUCAGGUCUCAAACUAUGGAAUCAUCGAGUGAUCAUAAUUCAGGAUGGCUUGAUAUUACUCAGGAGUUUGUUGAUGCAUCCAAAGAACUUGAACUUGGAGAAUUGCUUCAUGAUGAUAUGUUCGGUCUUUUUGAGGCAAUGUCAGCAAUUGAGAUGAUGGAUCCCAAAAUGGAUGCUGGGAUGGUUUGCAAUAGAGAUAGAAAAGUUCUCAAUUUUGAACAAUCAGUGGAAGAAGGAAAAUUAAAGAUAAAAAAUUUAACCAGCGAAGAAAAGAUUGGAAUUAUUGAUGAUACAUUCAGCUGUUUGGUAACUUGGUUGGAAGGUCAUUCAUUGGCUCAAACGGUUUUCACCAAUCUCUAUUUACAUAAACCACUUGCCAUUGAGGAUAAAUGUUUACGCAGUUUUAGCCUUAUAAUUUUAAAGUUAGUUGAAAUUAUAAGAGAUUUCGUGUAUCGUGGAAAUGUCUUCGAGGAGGAAGAUUUUCAACCGGCUUUUUUGUACCCUUUUGCAAUGCCCUGUACCAUUACGGAUAGUAAAGCUUGUGGAAUGAUUCGAGAUGUUGAGGAGGAGAUGCAAAAGAAGGUUAAAAGCUAUCAGAGAACGUUAAAUAGUCUAAACAAAAGUCGUCCAGAAGAAUUAAUGAAGACUAGUGAUAAUAAUAAUAAGUUCUCUUGUGAUUUAGCAGAGCAGAAAGAACACCAAUUGAAUCUAGCUCUUUUCGCUCGGCUUAAAUUUUCUCGCCUAUUUUACCAGUCACUUAUUAUUUUAAAGAAAGAAACCACAGCCAAGAGUAAUUUAACUAAUCAUCACGUCCCCCAUCCAAAUCCUAAUCAUCCUCAUUCUCAUUCUCAUUCUUCCUCAACAUCAACUUCCUACCAUCAAUCAAACUCGAAAGUCAAUGUGGCUAAUAGUACUAGUGGUCAUUGGGUUGAAGAUGCAGAUAAAUGUCUCCAACAGUGUAGUGAAACAAUCUCCAUUUGGCAACAGACUCUUUCAAUGGGAAUAAAGCCAGAGCCAAGUUCAGCACCAACCUCAGAAUAUCGAGCUGAUUAUCCUACAAUAAUGGGAUUUGAGCCAUUAAUUAAUCAAAGGUUCUUACCGCCAACCUUUCCACGUUACACAAAAAUGAAAUCACGAAAAGAAGCUAUUGAAUACAUGGAACAUUUAGUCUCUCGGAUACGCCAUGUCUGCAAAAUAUUUGACCAUAUACCUUUUCAAAUGGCUUUAGAUUUUUUCACAGAAUUCAGUAAAUCUUCAUCACCACCUUCCUGUGUCCUAUCACGAUCAUUGCUUCAAGUUUUGUAUCUUCCAAAUGGUAUUGCUCCACUAAGUGACCUAAUACGUGAGGACGUUCGCAACUUUAUUAAGCCACCCUCACUUUAUCAGAAACCCUCCAUUCUAACCAAUCAUCCAGAGGCCAGGGAGGUUGUGGAUAUCUUUUUUGAAAGAUGUACGCGACCUAUGUCAUACUUACUUCAAAUAAAUGGACACAAUAGAGCUCGUCAACGGGAUAAAUUGGCUUUAGUUCUUGAAGAAUUAGCAACAAUUCAAGAAGAAGCUGAUAAAUUGGACAGUUACUUGAACACUUUGAGUUUAAAGAUGGAUAUCCCUAGUAGUCAUCUGGGUUAUUUCAGCGCUUGGGUACUUUAUCAUAUUCUUCGUGUCAUGAUUCAAUAUUUAUUGUCCGGAUUCGAACUUGAACUGUACUCAACUCACGAAUAUCCCUACAUUUUUUGGUAUCUUUAUGAAUUUCUUUAUAGUUGGAUGGCAUCAACUCUAUAUCGAGCAAAAUCAUUCAUUGCUGAACAAGAUGCUAUCUCAGAACUUAGAAAUAAAAGUGUGAAUAAAAAGGUUAAGUCUAAAAAACGUAAACAGAAACCUCAUGAACGGGAAUGGACGCUCAAUUCCGCCUUUCAGCAGCUUUGUGGAGGUUACUAUAAAACCGUUAGUGCUUUUCGAUUGGAGGGUAAAUUGAAAACACCUUGGUCAAGUGCAUCUAAAGAACAAUUAAGGUAUGAACAUAGGUUUAUGCCAUUUCUCGUAAUAGCAGCUCCACCGCCCGUUCCAUAUUCGCAAUAUCGAGAAGCAGUUGAGCGUGAUAAGUGUGGGGAUGUUAAAGAAACAAUAGCUGAGCUUUAUGCAACUGCCUGUAAAUGCUUCCAUCGAGCAAAAGAAACUUUCGAAAGUGUACCAGAUCCAAAUGAAGAGAUUUCUUCUUUUAUUAAGGUCGCCAAAACAAAUUUUGUUGUGAUAAAGCUUUUGUUAAGCGGGCAAGGAAAUACAAAGACUUUACCAGAGUUUGAUUUUAGCAUUAACAACAAAUUUCCUGUUAUUCGCAUUUUGUGAAUUAUUAUGAAAUUGUGCUUUACCAGAAUAAAAUUGUAAAAGCCAUUAUUAAACAACAAGCUGAAACCCAAGGGCUCAAUCUUUCGCCAAUACGUGCAGCUUUCCAAAAAAUA